UUUGGGGGGGGGGGGGAUAGAAAGAUGGGGCAGAGGGACCGAAUGUUUAAAGUGCUGGUGGUCGGGGAUGCUACGGUGGGUAAAACAUCGCUGGUGCAGCGCUACGCCAACGACAGCUUCAACCGGCACUACAAAUCUACUGUGGGAGUGGACUUUGCACUGAAGGUGGUCCAGUGGUCUGAGUCGGAGACGGUGCGGCUUCAGCUGUGGGACAUUGCAGGGCAGGAACGCUUCACAUCCAUGACCCGGCUGUACUACAGGGAGGCAUCAGCCUGUAUCAUCAUGUUUGAUGUCACCAAUGUCAGCACCUUCAGCAACAGCCAGAAGUGGAAGCAGGACUUGGACAGCAAGCUGACGCUUCCAGAUGGGAGCCCUGUGCCGUGCCUGCUGCUGGCCAACAAGUGUGACCUUUCCCCGUGGGCAGUGACAAGAGAAGAAGUGGAUCGUUUCAGCAAAGAAAAUGGCUUUUCUGGUUGGGUGGAAACAUCCGUCAAGGAGAACAAGAACAUUAACGAGUCUAUGAGAGUCCUGAUUGAGAAGAUGAUGUCCUCAUCCACUGGUGAUGGAAGUUCUGCUUCUUCCUGGAGGGGGGAUUAUAUUAAUAUCAAAGAGACGUCCCCGCCGGGCUGGGCGUGCUGCUGAUGCACUGACUGCUCCAUCUGCUUCUGUUUUCUACCCCUUUUUUUGUCUGUUUUCAAAGAUAGUGAACUGUCCUCUCUUUACAUUCAUACUCACUAAGCAUUGCUGCAAUGGCUUGGAAGGAGGAAUGGAAAGAGUGAGGAAAGGAGCCCUCUUUCUUCCAGCACAGCAGCAGUGGGAGCACGGCACAGUCUGUGCUCAAGCACAUGGCUGGGAUUCAUCUUUUAAAACACUGAGCACUUUUCUUCAUCUUCUCCUAUAUGACAGCCUGUGUCAUGCAGGGUGAAGGACGUGGAACGUGUAUUUUUAAUGCUGUUGCACCUUUGGUACCUUUUAUCCCCCAAGACCUGCACCUGAUCCACAGAGGCAACCAUUCCAGAGUGCUGCAGUAACCCUCAUUUGAUGCGCAUGAAGUUGAAUCGUUCUCUCUGCUCCUGUGGGUUCCUGGGGUGAGAUUACAGCAAACCCUUCAUUUUGUGCUCUGGAACUUUACACCUCUGUCUGCCUGUUGCUGGAGACCAACACAUCUCAGCACUGUCAUCCCAUGUCCUUAAGGUGUGGAUCUGAGAUGGAGCACAGCCCUAAAUCAUGUGUGUGCUGACUGCGGAGUUGUCAGCGUUGCCCAGUUGCCUUCUGUUCCUUCACUCUUACCCUCUGUCUAGCACAAUCCCAUGUGUUCUCUUCCACUGCUGCUUUAUUAGGACACUGGGAGCUGAAUGAGGAAUGGGUUGUAAACUCCUUUGUGUGCCAGAACAACAGUUCCUUUCACUUUUAGCACACCCUGCGUCCUACCAUCUCACUAAGCUUUGCAAUUGCUGCUGCAUCACCUUCCCACCAUUACAGUGCAGUGACUUUGGUGGCAGGCUUUGGUGCUGGAAGCCCACUGCUGGUUUAGUGCUUUAAGGGGCAAGCAAAGACUUUGCAGGGCAAAAGGAAAUGAAGAAAUCUGCUCCCCAGCUGCUUUUUUUGUGCCUGCUUUUCCUAAUGUAUCCCCCAGGUGUGCCUAGCUAUGAAUGGCUCUUGCCAACCACAAACUGUAAGAACACAUUAGAGUUAUCUUGGAGGAGCUAUAAGGAAGGCCAGUCUGGAAGGCUGCAGUUAUGCAGCACUGUGGGCUCUUGUCAUCAUCCUGCUGUGCUAUAGAGUUGUGUCCUGCCUGUGUUGAGGUUAGGGUUUAAACAAGUGCUCUUCAAUGAUGUUUUCUCUCAUAGUUUACAUCUCUGUGUGCCAAAAGAUUAAAAGGCAGAAAAACUUUCCCUUAAGAACAUCCAUCAUCUGUGGAUGCAGAGUAAGAACAAGAACUGAUUGCCUUUUGUUAUCUGGGGUUGAGAAAGAUAAGCUGUGAGGAAGGGCUACAAAACCUCGGCCUAUGUUAUGUUCCAAAUAUCCAGGCUAAGAUUCUGUUGUGUAAAUAUUGCCAAAUUCAGCCUUAUAAGCACUUAAAUAUACCUUUCCCUGUGCCUUCGGGUUAACUGGAGAAACACACGAAGUGUGUAGGGGUGGUUAGGAGCAAAAUUGAACUGUCUUGUUGUGUUUUAAUUCCUAAACAUGGCAGGGAAAAGAGAAAAAAGGGUCUGAUUUUUAGAAGGAUCUGUCAUGAAACUGUAAAGACUUGUGUAUUAUUUAUUGAUUGCUGUCUAAUUGAGCAAAGGCCAGGAGUUAGACCUGCCCAUACAGGUGAAGGGGAUGAGGCUUGCAGUGGAGGUCCCUGCCCAGGACCAACUAAUGCAGCCACGAAAGCUUGGAACUGAGCAAGAACUGCACAGCUGUGGUUUCCAUGGCCUGUACUUUCCAUGGCCAUACUUUCUGUACAUCACUUGGAUACGUACCAGUGCCUUUUUAGUAUCCGGACCUCUUGAUUUUCCCUAAGUGCCUCUUAGAAACAAGGAAAAGCCGAAGGAAGAUCUCUUCUGAUUUUCUUAUUUCUGUUCUGCUGUUCCACCUGCUUUGAAAAUGAUCUUUGGUUUUUCCUUCCUGCAGUGCCUGCUUUGACAUUGUACUCUAUGUAAUUCCAGGCAAUCCAUGCCUAUUUCACUCUAUUCCACGUGUUUCUCGUUGCUUAACUCUUUAAAUCUAUGGUCACAGGUCUCAAAAGAGACAUUUAGUUACAUAUUUAAUAUGUUGAUGACUGCAAUCUGUGGAUCCACAUAGAAAUGUAUACUGGAAUAGAAUCAAUGAGGUCAAAAUUGAGUUUUGGUUUUAAAACAGCUUGUAGUUAUGCAGAAGUAUUUGAGAACAGGGUUCUCCUUACUGUAACACUGCAGUAUUAUCAUGUUUAUACAAAGAGAAGAAACUGCUGGGAGGUUUUCUCCCUAUCAAACUGUAAAUGAAUGCAAUAUAGCAAAGGUCUGACAUAAAAGAGUUUGACAUUG